GCGUUUGGAGAUACGUUUGUAAUUUCGUAUCCGACGAAAGUUGUUUACAGACGCGCACGCAAUCGAAACGAACUUGUCAGAAAGUUUUUUAAAGUGAUAUGGUGAUGUUUUCGCACUCAUUAGUCCUGAGUUUGCUCGAAGAAAAGAAAUUGUCACAAUUCGGUUUCGUUCUUACUUCUGUCAAAUAGAGACGAAAAGUUACGAUCGAUUUUGAGCAUGUCUCGCCAUCCUUGACUUCAACCCAUACAUGUAAUCGUUGAGAGUUUAACAACCCUCCGGAUUACGGAUACGGCCUUGACCAAGAAAUGGACGUUAACGUAAACGCCAAGCGGACGAAGACGAGAAAGAGAAAACGUCACUCGAAGGUUAAACGCCGUGAACAAGCGCGCCUUGAGGUUAGGUUUGCCAAACGUCGUAAACUCGUUCCUGCCGAACGUAAUGCUUACGUCUCUGUCAAAUCGAAGGAAAAAGUAACGAACGCGAUGCAGGCGAACACGUUUUGGGAAAACUACGAAGCCGCUCACGAGUGGCAGCAAAGGCAUAGUGUAGAGUGGUGGAAAUCGCGGUGCAUUGCGCUGGAACAUGAGAACGUUAUUCUGCGCGACAAAAUAAGAGAGUUAACUUCAAACUCGAUUCGGCGCAGGGUUAAUGAUUCUUUCGUAAAGCAGGACAGGCAUCGAAGAGCCCGAAAUGACAGCCUUCGACAAAAUAGUCACAACAGGGGGGUCGACAAUUGGCAAGAGGAAGAAGAAGCUUCGGAUAACGAUAACCUGGAAUUUCAAGUUGAUGAAGAUAUGAUGAAAUUUUUCGAGCAAAGUAUUAGGCACAAAUUAGAAUUAAAAGAGAAACGAGACGUUGAAUCUGCAAGGGAAAAGGCAGAGCUUGAGGAGGAGGUUCCGAUCGAAGGUGGCGCCGCUUGGAUGCGAACCAAACUUGAAGGGGCUAAAUUACUUUAUGGUACCGCUAGUCCCAGAAUUUUAGCCAUGGAAACCGCUCUGCAAGCUACAACGGAUCGGCAUAAAGACAGAGCAAAGCCUCAAUACUGGCCAAAUAUUCCCCUAAAAUUGUAGAUAGUUAUUUACAUUUUUUGUUUCAUUGGUUGCUAGUAUCAAACUUUAUUUUAAAGCUUGGAAAUUCAGUCGCAUCCGCUCAAUAAUCAUUUAGUUUGCAUAUAAAGGGAAGUAUCGCUCAGUGUUAAACUAAGUAUUAUCGUACAAAAAUUGCUUUGUGAACCUCAUAGUUUUAUACAAAAUAUUUGAUUAAUAUCUAGCGAUAAUGUAUAUAUAUAUAUAUAUAUAUUUUUUCGAUACAGUUAUCCACUGUAUAAACAUAAAUUGCUAACAGUAAACUGCAGUUAAGUCGUGAUUAUCUUAUUCUCGAUUUCAACCCAAUAAUUUGUAACCUUUUAUCACAAUUUUGAUUGAUCUAAGAAAAGUUCAUCCGACUAUCGCAAGUAUCGAAUAUUGAAAAUUAUGUUUGAGUUUGUAAAUUGAAUCUAACUUGUCGUCAUUUGAAUACUAAAUAUGUAUGAAAUUUAGUUAUCGUUAAACUUACUCGGGUCAUUUUUUU